UUAAGGCUCUGUAUCAGCUAUGAAGAGAUUGGAAAAUUCACCACCAUAGCUGCAGCGUAUUUCAAACAGACUGAAAGACUAAUGCAGAGUUGACAGGCAACAUACUAAUUUCCUCACAAGGAAUAUGCCUGUGCUCACUAUUUCAGAGUUUAAACUACUGUACUUCCUUCUAAAUCUCGGUUUAAGUUUAUUAUCCAGUCAACACGUUCUGACUGGAAGCAACUGCCCGAGCUCCAGGUGGAACUCCAUGUGUCGUCCAUGUUGUGAAUACCACCUGAUCCAGUGUCGCUGUCCCUCGCAAGGGGCGAAGGUUGGCUACACUGUUCCCUGCUGCCGCAAUGAACUGGAUCAGUGUGAUCCCUGCAUCAUUCACCCAGGCUGUAGUCUGUUUGAGAACUGUAAAACCUGCCACAAUGGGACGUGGAGAGCGAAUGACAACUUUUUCGUCAAUGGGAAGUAUUGUACGGAGUGUCGCCAAGGCUGGAGCGGGGGGGACUGUAAAAAAUGUGGAGGAGUUAUUCAGAGAGCUCAGGGACACAUAGUCCUGGAGAGUUACCCAGCAAACGCCCGGUGUGAAUGGACAGUUGAAGUGGAACGAAACAGCAUCAUUGAGCUCAGGUUCUCAGCGCUCAGUUUGGAGUCUGACCACAACUGUGGUUACGACUACGUUGAGGUGCGUGAUGGGAAGGAUCUGAGCUCCCCCGUGAUUGGCCGGUUUUGUGGGGAUCCGCUGCCUCCUCCGAUAAGAAGCUCCAGGAAUGUCCUGCACAUUCUGUUCACCUCAGAUGGCUACCAUAGCUACGAUGGAUUUGUUCUCAUAUUCCAACAGAGUUCAGUUUCAACAGUUAUCAAUAAUGCAGCAUGUACUCUCCCGGAAAAGCCGGUGAAUGGAUACGUGUCGCCCGUGUAUGGCCCAGUGGAGCAGCUUGUAUCUGUAAACUACCACUGCCAUCCAACUUUCACACUGACUGGAGCACAACAGAGGUCCUGUCUGCCUAACGGUACAUGGAGUGGAACAGCUCCUUCAUGUCUCAAAGGUCAAACAAGUGGUGUGAGGUGUGCUCCUCCACCUAGCUUGCUCCAUGGCUACCACAGACCUGCAGCUGACGCAGUCGGAGGGGCAGAAGUGGUGGAGUUUUUCUGUAAAAAACCCUACUAUUUGAGUGGAAACCACCGGAGUGUCUGCCUUUCUAAUGGAUCCUGGAGCAGCAGGCCACCAAAGUGUAUCAGAGUUUGUCGACAACCCAAAGUGUCUGGACUUGUGCAGCAGAAAAUUGUAAAGCAACAUCUCUUAUCGGGAUACAACAUGGAGGUCAUGUUGUCAGCCGGUUUUAUUCCACUCACACUGGGCAGUCAGUCCAAUAAAGAGGAAGACGGCGUGGAGGAGAUGCCUCGAGGCUUUCACCCGGUCUACACCAGCAUUGAGUACAAGUGUGCCUCACCCCUUCACCGCAACACAGGCAGCCCACGGCGCACCUGUCUGAAGACCGGCAGGUGGAGUGGACGCCAUGUUUCCUGCUCACCGGUUUGUGGCAAAUUAGAGACUUUCAGCAGAGGCAACCUCUCCGACACUCAGUGGCCGUGGCAUGCAGCCAUUUACAUCCGUUCGCCUCCUGAUGACACCCCGAGCACCCAUGGGUCCCGUGGCGGCGCCGCGUGGCACCAGCAGGGGGCCUCAGAGGAGUCUACAUUCUGGUUGCUGGCCUGCAGCGGGGCUCUAGUAAGCCAGCGGAGAGUGCUGGUCGCAGCCCAGUGUGUGGCAGACAAGAGCAGCCGGCAGCCUCUCCACCCUGCUCAUGUGAAGGUGGUCGUAGGGAUGCAGUCCCACACGCGCAGCCAGGCGCUGAAAAAGCACCUCACGGUUUCAGACAUUUCACUUCAUCCGGAGUUUCCCUCUGCUCCAGCCUCUGUUGUCGCUGUGCUCAAGCUGAAGGACAAGGCCAAGAUCAGUGAGCGCGUGUUGCCCGUGUGUCUUCCCAAAACCAAAGGAGGAGAGGUGACAGUGCAGGAGGCUUACACUUCAAGAUGGAUUUUACCAAACAGUCAGGGCCGUCAUGCAGCCCAGAGUCAGACGAAACUGGUAGAGCUGAGCAGUGUUGAUCUUUGUGAAAGAGAGUUUGCUCAAGGAGGAGCACAUACCGCAGCGAUCAGUGACAAUACAAUCUGUGUCAUUAACAAGCCAUCCGGGCCUCGGGGUUUGUGUCCCAGUGUUAUUCCAGGCAUCACUAUUGUGCCACCUGUGUUUUCCAACACGGAGGGCGUCCUGUCAGGUCACGGGGAGACUCACGGAGACCCUAACGCCGGCUGGCAGCUGCUCGGCUUGGAGAGUUUCAUCUAUAAUAAGAAAAACAACUGCCACCAGCGCACUUACACAGCUCACACACAGGUAGCAAACUUCCGAGACUGGAUAUUGGAAAACAUCAAAUGAAGGAGAUUUUCCAUCCGUGCAAUGUGACUAUUCCUGAAACUUCUCUUUUAUCUACGCAGUAUUUAGUUUCUGUGUGUACACAUUCCUGGACCACUUCCAUGCCAAACAAUUCACCAUGAUGCUUACUAAUGUUUGAAUAUUACACGUUUGUUUUCUUUUUUUAUUUAUUUAUUUUUUACAUUAAAGGGCUCCUAAACA